AGAGGCGUACGGCUUCAAGGUCAUAAUCGUAAUUUCAAGUCUGUUCUUCGUCUUCCACAGCUCCUCGGAAGCAACCGUUAGAACAGAACCAGAAAAAGAAAAAUGCAAGUCUUCUCGUCUUCUCCUUCUACCACAAGCUUCAAUCUCUUAUCUUCAUCUAAAAAUCCGAGCAGUCUCUCGAAAUACAGAUGCAAAAUCCCGACCAUAACCCUCUCUGUCCGGCCGUGUUGUUCUUCGAUGGAUUCCUCCUCGACGGCGAUCUUGGUGGAGCAGCACCCUAGCGUCGCUGAACGAUCAUCGGAUGGCGGGAGGGAGAGUAAUGGAAGUUCCGGCUCGAACAGAGAGGCGUCGGAAGAGGUUCUUAAGGUUCGGCGGCCGGUUAUGGAGUUUCCCGGCGAAGAUUCCGGCGACCAGGAGGAUGAGGAGGCGGAAGUUGAGUUGAGAUCUUCGAUCAUAGAUGCAGGACUUACGGAAAUUGCGAAGAAGAUGCCGAUAUUUGAACCGGAGAAUCGGGUGGAUUCGAGUGCCCUAGAGAGGCCGCUGAUUAUCAAUUUGGAUUUGGCAUUGUACAGAGCGAAGAUGUUGGCGAGGAACUUCCAGUAUGAAGAAGCACAGCAAGUCCUUCAGAAGUGUAUAUAUAAAUGGCCAGAAGAUGGGCGGCCAUACGUAGCGUUGGGGAAGAUGUUGAGCAAGCAAAUGAAAGCAGCUGAAGCAAGAGCUGUUUACGAGAGAGGCUGCCAAGCCACGCAGGGAGAAAACUCCUACAUUUGGCAGUGCUGGGCUGUUCUGGAGAGCAGGAUGGGGAACAUCAGGAAGGCAAGAGAGCUCUUCGAUGCAGCCACAGUAGCCAACAAGAAACACAUCGCCGCAUGGCACGGCUGGGCUGUGCUAGAGCUAAAGCAGGGGAACAUCAAAAAGGCCAGGAAUCUACUCGCCAAAGGCCUCAAAAACUGUGGUGGAAAUGAGUAUAUUUACCAGACACUUGCACGUCUAGAGGCCAAAUCAAAUCGGUAUGAGCAUGCUCGUUAUCUGUUUAAGCAGGCUACCAAGUGCAACCCCAAGAGCUGUGCUAGUUGGCUUGCAUGGGCGCAGUUGGAGAUGCAACAGGAGAAUAACCUUCUUGCUAGGGAACUGUUUGAGAAAGCCAUCCAAGCCAGCCCCAAGAACAGGUUUGCAUGGCAUAUAUGGGGACUCUUUGAAGCAAAUAUGGGAAAUAUCGAGAAGGGAAGGAAACUUCUAAAGAUAGGCCAUGUCCUCAAUCCAAGAGACCCUGUUCUUCUUCAGUCUCUUGGUUUGUUGGAGUAUAAGAACUCCUCUGCAAGCCCUGCUCGAGUUUUGUUUAGGAGAGCAUCUGAACUGGAUCCAAAGCACCAACCUGUCUGGAUUGCAUGGGGAUGGAUGGAAUGGAAGGAAGGAAAUAUGGGGAAAGCAAGGGAGCUAUAUCAAAGAGCAUUGUUAAUUGACUCAGCUAGUGAGAGUGCAGCUCGAUGUCUUCAGGCUUGGGGUGUUCUAGAACAGAGAGUUGGAAAUCUAUCAGCAGCAAGAAGAUUAUAUAGAUCCUCUUUAAACAUAAACUCUCAGAGUUAUGUAACAUGGAUGACAUGGGCAGAACUGGAAGAGGAUCAAGGGAACGCAAUCCGAGCCGAGGAAAUUCGAAAUCUCUAUUUCCAACAGCGAACUGAAGUUGUGGAUGAUGCUUCGUGGGUUAUGGGAUUUCUAGACGUUAUUGAUCCAGCACUGGACAGCAUAAAGAGACUGUUGAAGCUGGAGGAAGAUCCCUUCACCAUGCCCAGAGCAGCAGAAGGAGGCACUAGAAGCACCUCUUCAGAGGACUCAGCGGCCUCCUCUUCUGGUAAUAAUGUAGUUGAAAGUGAAACUGGGUUUGAUUUGGAUGCCUUUCUUAUGAAAAAGUUGUCUAUAGACACAUCAAAACUCGAAAUUCAGCUCGAAACAACUCAACCCAAAAGAUUUAAGUAUCAAAGAAGACAAUUGAGACCAGAUAACAGACGAGACAUGGCUGUUUCACUGCACCAAAGAACAGCAUCACUGCCGGGUUAAUUGCCAGAUUUUGAAGCAAUAAAAGCCAGUUUUAGCAUCUAUCUAUUAAGGACUUCUUCAAAAAAGACAAUCAGGGGAAGUUCAAACCAGUUUGUGCCAGUGAACCAAAUCUACUCACUUGAGAUCCUAUAAUUCAUUCCAGAGAUAAAGCUUCUGAAUGGAACGAACAUUUUGUAAGUCUAUGCUUCCCUCAUCAUAGGGUUAUUCAGAAAGUUGUUAUAUAAAUGGCUACAAGGAUCAUGGAAGAAAACACUUCUUUGAUUGUCAUUGUGCCUUAAGGUCCACAUGUCUGAAAGAAGCCAUAAUGUAAAUAGCUUUGUAAGUUUAUUAUCCUUGAUUUUCUCUGAGUCUCUGAUCUCUCUUUCUAUUGAUGGAGAUUGAAACCAAGUAUUUGUGUUUACUGUUUAGUCAGCUCUUAGAUUCAAAAUUUUAAGUAUUGGGUGUAUUUAUUCUUUUAUACCUAUUCCUAACAGAAGAAGAUAGAGACAUUUUUAUA